AUGAGCAGAGACAUCACUCCUCUGCCAAGUGUGGCCACUUCGAGGACAACCACCCGACACGCCUCGCUUGUCCCCGACGGCACCUUUGACCCAGACAGCAUCAAGCGUGUUUGCGAGAAAAUCGACGCAAGGCUAGCGACAGCAGCCGACCCUGAGGGUGAGGCCCAGCGGGUCGCAUACCCUCUCGCUUAUGAAUACACCUACGCCCUGCCAGCAGGCAGUAUCGACAAUUCCCCUACACUUCCAUACGGGUUCAACGCCACUGUGGACGAGCACAGCUCCCUCCUGUCCCGUGCAAUGACAGCCCCCACAAUCAAAGCACAGCAACGGCCACAGCUCAACACGGUCAUUUCCUGGACGUCCAACGCCACGCGACGCACCGAGUACGAGAAAAUCGACCGUGCGCACAGCGGGGUGCGAGGAUUGGUGCGCCGCGUGUGGCCUCAGUGUUUGCGGAGGAGGAAUGGUAGGAGAGGAUUCUUCACCGGUGACUGCGACGGGGACAGCGUGCGUCGAUUUCGUAUGGGCGUAAGUGAAGAUGACGACAGUGACGCAGAGAAUGAGAUUGGGCAAAGUUUUGAUCAUGGAGGUGUCGACGAGAAGAUCGUACUGGAGAUUGUCAAUACCCGAGACCUCCAGAGGGAUGGACCUGGCAAAGUGGCGCCAAAGGGAAAGGAAGCGAAAACGAGGAAACCCUGGUUGUCGUGCUUCGACUUAUGA